ACUGCGACAAGGAGCUCGCCUACGCCGACCAGAAGAAGGCGGACCGCGUCGCGGAGAUCGAGAAGCUCACCACGGCCAUCGACUCGAUGUCCGCGCGCUCCGCGCAGCUCAAGGAGGAGGUCGCGGCCCUGGAGAAGGAGCUAGCCGACAUCGCCGCCUCGCAGGCGGAGAUGGACAAGAUCCGCGCCGCGGAGAACGAGCAGUACCUCUCGAACAAGGCCGACAUGGAGCAGGGCAUCAAGGGCGUCCGCCUGGCCCUGAAGGUGCUGACGGAAUAUUAUGCGAAGGACGACAAGGCGCACUCCGCGGCGGAGGGAGCCGGCGGAGGCAUUAUCGGUUUGCUGGAGGUGGUCGAGUCGGAUUUCCAGAAGGGUCUCUCCGACAUGACAGGCGCCGAGGAAAGCGCCAAGGCGGAGUACGACCAGAUCACCAAGGAUAACGAGAUCGCCACCACGACCAAGUCCCAGGAUGUGAAGUACAAGACCAAGGAGUCCAAGGACCUGGACAAGUCGACCGCCGAGGCCGAGUCCGACCGCUCCUCGGUAAAGACGGAGCUGGCGGCGGUGGAGAAGUACUUGGCGAAGCUGCACGAGGAGUGCGACGAGACGGCACCGACGUACGCGGAACUCGUGGCGGCCCGCUCCGCUGAGAUUGCGGGACUCAAGCAGGCGCUUACCAUUCUGGAGGGCGAGGCCGCGCUGCUGCAGAGCCUGAGCCGGCAUCGCCUCGUGGGCAGCGUGCGCAGGCAUCUGUCUUAGGAGCCUCACGGGUCGGCGCGCCUUCGCACGCCAGCGGCGCCACAUGAGGGGCCUGGGCGGCGGGGUCGGAAAAGCAGCAGCAGCAGCAGGACGAGCAGGCGUUGCGAGCUCUUUUGCGUGGGAGCUGGAGAACGCGAGCGGGGCGCCCCCGCCCGCGUGAUGCGCCGUCCACCCGCUCCGCGACACGCCAGCAUGAGGCCGAAA